AUGGUCCAGUGGUUGGAUCCAGUGCUAUUGCUGGCAACACUGCUGGUGACCUCUGGAAGUGCAGUGAAACGAGAGGAGUACGAGGUCAGCAUCAAACACGGUUCAUUCAAAAUUCACCAGAAGCACGUGAAUGCACGGCCUUUCAAGGAAAUCAGUCGGGAGGAGCAUGGAUCGAUUGGUCAGAACAAUCCGCAGAUUGGUUACAUGAAGGAAGCGUCGCUGACUGGGGAUGUGAUGCCGAUGGUGAAAAGUGAAUAUAGGCGUCCGGGCGAGAGAAUGUUAGGGAAAAAAAUUAAGCUAAUUGGGUACAGGAGUGGUGUCAAGUUCCUAGGACCGAAAGGAAGCCAUCGUGGAGUGAAAAAACUUCGCGGAAGCGGAAGUAAACCAGGAUGGCCCUAUAUGACUACAAUGGAAAUGGAGGAAGUAUCGACCGUUGUUACUCCAGUGCGGAAACCAUCCUUCACGGAUUUUGGCAGUAAGCUAACGAAGGAUUCUAAAAAACAAGUUCCACCCACUCGGCAACCUGAAACGGAUCAAGAUAAAUUGGUAACUACAACUCCUGGGUACGAAAAUUUUGUAACAUCGCAACAUACUGAAGCUGUUAAUAUGAUGCAUGCUGAGAUGGUUGUUCCGGGCUUGGAGGAAAUCGCUCCUCAAGCGACGCAAACUUCCAGUAAAGUCAAAUCGAAGUCUCGUGGUUCUGGGUCUAGGGUAAAUUCGGAAGAUAACGAUUUUCAGCGUACGACAAAAACUACUCCCGUCGAUAAGCCCGACGAGGCGAAGAACAACAUAAUCGUUGUAAGUCCUGUAACUCCAAAUGCGUUGUUCAACAAUCCCCAGCUUAGAGUUCCGUUCAACAGUGACAACACUGGGCCAGUUACGUUCACUCCUGCUCCCCGGGAAGAGACAUCGACAGCGUUAAUUCCUACCACCGGAACGGCGGCUCCUACAACGUUACCAACAACUCCGAGGAGCCUACCAUUGCAACUUCCCCCAGAGGACAACAAGGACGCCCUGUAUCUGUUGGUGAAGUACGAGAAACCUCGAGUUCCGGGUGGGAAACCAACCGCCAAUGUCUUAGAGGUCUUCGGUGGAGAGAACAAAAACGCACAGCGUAGUCGAGUUCGAACCAAUUUCGAACGUUCUGACUUCGCGUUUGGGUCGUCCGAAUUGCUAGAAAGUUUGAAGAACCUUAAUUUGAACAGUGUGGAGUCACUUCCGUCGGGUUACUCGGUUAGCGAAGAGUCAACGGAGGAUAAGGAAAGUGAAGUAACCACCCCUGCUCGUCCAGUAGGGAGUUCUCCUCAAAGUGAACAAUCGACAUCGAGUAUUGGUAAUAAUGACGUCAGAUUCAAUAAAAACGGAUCAACUGUGGAUCAAACAAAUACAGCCCGACAAACCGCGAAUUCUGCGUUUCAGCAAGAUCGGUUAGCUCAGAAAUACCUCGCACAGCAGAAAGAAAAUGCCAUUCAGCGGAAACGGCUCCAGCAAGUUGUUACCAGCGAGGCAGUGAAUAUGCUGACAGCUGGUCAACAGAAUGUAGCAGAAGAACCAGCGAUCGUGACGAAUCCAAAUAUUCUGCAGAAUCAAUUAACGGCUGAGGUCUAUCAGUCACCUCCUGACCGUCCAGUAGGGAGUUCUCCUCAAAGUGAACAACAAGCAGCGAAUUUUGGUACUAAUGACCCCCGAUACAAUGAAAACCAAUCAAAUGUGGAUCAAGCAAAUACUGUCGGAGUCUUCGAGGGUUAUGCGUUUCAGCAAGAUCGGUUAGCUCAGAAGCAUCUGCAAUACCACAGAGAGAACACCAUCCAACGGCAACGGCUCAGUCAGCUAGUGGCCAGCGAGGUAAUAGCUCCACAGCCUGUUAAACAUAUCGGUGGAGAAGGACCAGAGAUCAUUCAGCAUCCAAACAUUCUGCAGAAUCAGUUGUCCGCGCAUGUCUACCAAACUGGAUACCUAGUUCCGACGAUACUUUGGGGAAUAGCCGCGAACCAGGCACAGCAAGCCCAACUGAUGUUACAGCAGCAGCAACGACAACUGCAGCUACAGCAGCAACAGCAAUUGCGGCAACAGCAGCAAGAGAAAGAACAAGAACAUUUGCAACGUCAAUCGGAAGAGGAGCUGGAGCAGCAACAGCAACUGGAUCUGCAACAGUUUCAGCAGCAACAGCAAGAACUACUGCUGAAGAAGGAUAUUCAGCAACAGCAGCGUCACCAGUUGCAACGACAGAGGCUGCAACAACGACAGCAGGAGCAACAAAAACGCGAACUGCAAAAACUAGAGGAGCAAAGGCAAUUGGAACAGCAACAACUGCUGCAGCAACUGGAGGAACAGAAGCUGCAACAGCAACUAGAGGAACAAAAGCUGCAACGGCAGCUAGAGGAACAAAGACAGCAAGAGUUAGAGAAACAAAAAUUACACGAGCAAUACAUUCAGGAACAGCAACGACUUCAAGAGGAAAGACAGCAAAAACUGGAACAGAAAAAACUGGAGCAACAAAGGCUGAUACAGGAACAAAAACUGCGUCAGCUAGAACAGAAACGGCUGCAGGAGCAGCAGAUACAAGAGCAGCUGAAGCUACAGCAGCAAAGACAGCAAAAAUUGGAACAGGAACAGCGGCAACGACUGCUAAAGGAACAAAGGCAACAGCAACUGGAACAGGAACGACUGAAGGAACAACUGAAACAGGUGCAGGAAAAGCUAGAAGAACAAAGACAGCGAAAACUGGAACAGCAACAGCAGCAACAGCUAGAACAACAACGGCUGCUGGAACAGGAGCGGUACCGGUUUGAACAGGAAGUUCUGCAGCAGCAGCAGCAGCAGCAACAAUAUCAGCAAUUGCAAGAAAAUCAACUGCAGCGACAGGAGCAGCAGCAGGGCCAGCAGGUUCAGCAGCAGCCAAUUCCGCAGCAGUUGAUUCAGCAGCAGCAGCAGAUUCAGCAGCAGCAGCAGAUUCAGCAGCAACAGAUUCAGCAGCAGCAGAUUCAACAACAGCAGAUUCAACAGCAGCUGCUCCAGCAACAAGAUUCUCCACAACAAAAGCAGUUACAGCAACAACAGCAGCAGCAACAGCAACAGCAGCUGCUGCAGCAGCAACAGCAGAAACAGCAACAACAGCAGCUGGAACAGCGGCAGCAACAGCAGCUGGAACAGCGGCAGCAACAGCAGCAACAGCAGCAGCAGCAACAACAACGACAGCAGCAGCAGCAACAGCAAAGUUCCCCACAACAAAAUCAGUUGCAAGUACAGCAACUGCAACAGCAGCAGAGAGAUCAACAGCAGCUCCAACAGCAACAGAUUCAACAGCAGCUGGUCCAACAGCAGCAGCAACAAAUUCAGCAGCAACAAAUACAACAGCAACAGAUUCAACAGCAGCAAAUUCAACAGCAACAAAAUUCUCCACAGCAAAAUCAGUUGCAAGUGCAGCAGUUCCAACAACAGCAGAUACAGCAACAGCAAAACCCUCCACAACAACAACAACAACAAUUGCAAGUGCAACAAUUCCAACAGCAGCAGAUUGAACGACAGCAGAUACAGCAGCAACAACUUCAGCAACAAAACUCUCCACAGCAACAGCAGUUGCAAGUGCAGCAGUUCCAACAGCAACAAAUCGAACAACAACAGAUCCAACAGCAACAAAUUGAACAACAGCAAAUUCAGCAGCAACAGAUCCAACAGCAGCAGCUUCAGCAAUUCCAGCAACAGCUGCUUCAGCAGCAGCAACAGCAACAACAACAACCGCAGCUACAAAUUCCCCCUUUACAACAACAACAACAACAACAACAGCAUCUCAACUCGUUCCCCACUCAGAUUCCGAUUGUGCAGAAUCAACCGACCCAAGGUACUGAAACUCUGUCCCGAGAACUGCUGAGUCGUAGUUUUCAAAAUUCUAUCGAGGAUUCUAGUGGCAAUUCCUUGCUGCAAGAAUCGCAGUCCAAUGAAUUCUCCGGACUUCGAGAUAGUUACGGACGGCUACUGGAUGGGAACUUGCUAGACUAUAAGCAACCACAGGAGCCAGGGCGUCCGGACCCGAUAGGAACGGGUGACACGAACACAUCGGUCGAGGAGUUCGAAGGGAGAACGGAUCCGCUGGAGUUGACCGAAAUUUUGGUAAGACGAAACGGAGGAUUGACCGUUGAUCAGUUUAACAAACUCUUCAGGGAGUAUCUGACGAAAGACCUGACGGAGGAAGAUUUGCGGGAAAGUUAUGCCAAUAGUGAAGCGGGCGGUGUCGGUCCCAACUUGUCCGAGGGUACUGUGACAACUACUGAAGCAAACAGGUUCCAGGAGCAACAAGGGCAGUCGGAAGAUUCCCGAAAUGAGUUAUCCAACUCAUCCGAAUCGGGUGAGGAUAUCAAAGUCCAGAUCAACAAAACGGCCGCUCGCUUUGAACCGAUCGUGAAGAUCGGUUACGGAGGAUCCAAGUCGCAUCAGGGUGUGUACAAGUCGCCCAAGUUCUUUGAGAAACUGAAAGAAUCCAGCAGUAUUGAGGAGGUGGGCCAGGUGGGACAGGUGGUACCGUUGGGACAGGUGGGACAGUGGCAUCCUCCGAUGCAACCGCAGGAUCCCACCCUCCGUGCCUUUGUGGAUCAUCCCGUGUUCGGUUUCACGGCACCCAGAGAUGAAAUUAAUCAGAUGCAAGAGCAGAACAAACACCAGCACGAGAGUCUCCUGCAGCUACAGCAGCAGCAGGAGAAUAGCGUAGGUAACGAACCUAACGAAAGUGGCCAUCCAGAAGCAGGAAUAAGUUAUAUUAAGUUUGAAAAGUUUAUCUAA